CUAGUCUUGGAUAUCAACCGUCCAGUGCGUCCCAUGAUAUAUACGGGCCGCGCAGGAUAAGCCCACAGACCCGACGACGAUGAAGCCCAAACAAACAGUGCGUGGCAGAACGAACCGCCAGUCUCGUUCCACCGCAUACCGCCACGCGUCACCCCGACCGAGCCGAGGCGUGUAUAAACCCUGGGCGUAGCCAACUCUCUUCUCUCCUCCGCUCAUCCUCUGCCUCCGCGCCACGACGAGAAGCGAAACAGACUACUCCACAGCCAAGAGAGAACCCACACACGCCUCCGGCGAUCAUCCGAUCGCGAUCAUGCUGCGCGCGGCGGGGAAGAGGCUGGUCGGCGCGGCGGCGGCCAGCGCCGGAGACUCCUCCUCCUCCGGCUUGGGGGCGGUGGCGGCGAGGAGGGGUUACCACGAGCGGGUGGUGGACCACUACAGCAACCCGCGCAACGUGGGGGCGUUCGACAAGGACGACGCCGACGUCGGCACCGGGCUCGUCGGCGCGCCCGCCUGCGGGGACGUCAUGAAGAUGCAGAUCCGCGUCGACAAGGCCUCCGGCAGGAUCGUCGACGCCUGCUUCAAGACCUUCGGCUGCGGCUCCGCCAUCGCAUCCUCCUCCGUCGCCACUGAGUGGGUGAAGGGAAAGCAGAUGGAGGAAGUGGUAGCGAUCAAGAACACAGAGAUCGCCAAGCAUCUGUCGCUGCCGCCGGUGAAGCUCCACUGCAGCAUGCUCGCUGAGGACGCCAUCAAGGCCGCGGUGAAGGACUACGAGGCGAAGAAGGCGAAGGCAGAUGAGUAGGCCAUAGAGAGAGCCUGAAGCAACACAUAGGAAGUAACACAUCAUGUGCAUAUGCUGCAUAAUAAAGAGACGGAGACAGAGAGAGAUGACGAUGAUGAUGUUGUAGUAUUAUCCUGAGGGUACUAAAUGUGUGUGAGCAAUAAGAGUUGUGUUGUGUACCGUAUGUUGUAAUCAAUCAAGUUUGGCUAGGUAUAUAUUGUGCUAUCUCCCUCUGUGUUCGCGCCGAGCUACCGGCUUUCGAUGUACAAUGCAGAAGUAAAAUGCAGAAAAUUCAGAGGAAUCGAGAUUGUGGCAGAGCUUCCAACAGUAUUGUAUCAUGACAUA